GUCCGCCCCCUUUGUCUUUGUCCCAGCAUACACAAUCGCGUUCGUACAUCCCCUGCCAAUGUUCGCUAAGAAUGGAGGCAGGCAAAAAUGGUUUCUUCGAUGUGCCUUUAUUAGAUGACCGCGAGCCCCUGCGGCAGGUGCACGAUGCCUGUGUGAUCGUCUAGCUUUCAGCAUGAGACUCUCAAUCCCCGUCAUCUUUGCGCCACUGGCCGUCUUCGCCCUCGCUCCCGACGACUAUAUGUCUCCCCUCGCCGAACGACAAUCCCCAACCAGCAUCGACCAGCUUUUCAAGGCCCGCGGCAAACUCUACAUCGGCGUCUCAACCGACAACGGUAUUCUUCAGCAGGGCAAAACAGCGGCAAUCAUUAGGAACAACUUUGGCCAAGUGACGCCCGAGUACUCGAUGAAGUGGGAUGCACUCGAGCCCGCACGCAACCGCUUCACCUUUGGCAACGCCGACUUUCUCGUCAACUGGGCCCGGCAGAACGGCGCCAAGACCAUCCACGGUCACACGCUGCUGUGGCACCGCGCCCUGCCGGCAUGGGUGUCCGCCAUCAGGGACAAGGCUACGCUUGCCAUCGUCGUCGAGACACAUAUCAAGGCCGUCGUCGGACGAUACAAGGGCAAAGUCCGAUCGUGGGACGUCGUCAACGAGGCUUUCAACGACGACGGCUCACUCCGGAGCUCCGUCUUCUCUCGCGUACUCGGCGAGGCCUACAUCGGCAUCGCCUUCCGCGCGGCGCGCGCCGCAGACCCCGACGCGAAGCUCUACAUCAACGACUAUAACCUUGACCGGGCGGACUGGGCCAAGGUCGUCGCCAUAGUCAGCAAGGUGAACCAGUGGCUCGGCCAGGGCAUUCCCAUCGAUGGCAUAGGCUCCCAGACGCAUCUGGCCCAGAACAUGGCCGGAAACGUCCUGGGCGCACUGCAGAAGCUCGCGAGCGCACGCGUCACCGAGAUUGCCAUUACCGAGCUCGAUAUCACCGGGGCGCCAGCAAACGAGUACGCGACCGUCGUAAGCGCAUGCCUCAGCGUGCCCAAAUGCCGAGGCAUUACUGUCUGGGGGGUCAGCGAUAAGAACUCUUGGAUCAGCACCGCAACACCGUUGCUUUUCGACGUCAAUUACGAGCCGAAGCCAGCAUACAAUGCUAUUGUCACAAGGUUGCGGCAGAAAUAAAGGUCGACGUUGAAACGUCUGGCUUUUGAACUUAUACGCUUCGCAAUAACAAUAAGUCCUAUUUCUGGUCCAAGAUUCAGGUAGCGUCGGUCUAGCAGAACAGGCCAUCGAUAAACAAAACCUCAGAUCGGAUCUCUCUUGUAAGUUAGUAAUUAUAGAGGCAGAAAUCGUUAAAAACGCCCAUCAAGAGUCCUGAGGUGGAGUCCGGGAGCCUGGGAAUGUGACUAGCUGGCCAGAAGGUACGAAGUUAGGAGUUAUCAAUGGACUUAGGAACGAGUCGGAUUAACCUCCGGCAAGAGUUGCUACUAGAGAUCUGUUCAAAAGAAGUGUGUUUGGAAAUGGUUGAUUGAAACUCACUAAGGGAUACUGCC